UUUUUUUUGCCGACGUUUACUGACACCGGUCAUAUUGAACGGGCGUUGCGCAUUCGUAAAUGCAACAGUUAUCCUGUGCUCUGGUCGGAGUGGAUAACCAGAGGGAGUCAGGGUAAUAUAACAGUAAUAUAGUAUAUUGUGGCUCGCUUCGGUUUUAACUGAGUAGCAACGUUUGCGGAAAACAUUUUCUUCCAACAAGUGUGUAACUAGGCAUUAUGUUAGCCACCGUGCUAGCUAGCUAAUCCUGCACUGGCUAGCAUUACCGUCGUCAGCUGUCCUGCAAAAUCAAGGACAGAUGACCAUUUCACUCACAAUUCCCAAAGAAAUCACUAUCCAGUUCUAUGUUCAGUACAUGAACUAACUAACCUAACUAUAUAAGGAUGGAUUCAAAGAGAGACAUGAAAGAUCAAGAAACCGAAAGGGUCUCCAAGGUGACGGCUGUGCUGCUGAAGUCCCGGACGGGAGAGUUUGAUCUAGAAUCUAUUCUGUUCCUGAAGCUCCGAGGUCUCGGGAUCUAUGAUCUAGGCUGUAUCGGGGACUGUAUAAAUCUGGAGAGACUGGAUCUGUCCGGUAACAAGAUCACUAACCUGGCUCCGCUCUCUUCUCUGAGACUACUACAGAUACUCAAUGUUUCAGCCAACAGGAUCUCGAACUUAGAAGACAUUUCCAGCUGUGAUAGUUUACAGAGUCUAAAUGUGGCUGGGAACCUCAUAUCCAGUAUCGACAACAUCCACUGCCUUCAGUCGUUGAGGAAGCUGGAGAAUAUUCGCCUGAAAGACAACACCUAUAACUACACCAACCCAGUUUGUAAGAACUCGUCCUACAGAAACAUUCUUCUGGAGAUGUUCCCAAACAUCAGAGUUUUGGACGGUGAAAGAGUGGUUGGACGUGGGAGUGACUUAUAUAAAUUAUGCAAAGACAUUGAUGAAACUAUCAAAGCUGGUUUCUAUAGGAAUGGCCAGUUACCAGAGCUGCCUGGCUGUAAGCCCUGGGUCGACAACGACUUCUGGGAGAUCAAGCGAUCCAAUAACGCCAUUCUAGACGAGGCCUACAAACAGUUCAAUGACGUCCUUCAUGAAUGCAGACUGCUGAACAACAGAGCAACACAUGUCAUCUCACAGACAGAGAGAUCUCUGAGCCUCAAGAACCAGCCGAAGCAGUACUCUGUUUAAAAAUGUGCACCGAAGCAGUACUCUGUUUAAAAAUGUGCACCGAAGCAGUACUCUGUUUAAAAAUGUGCACCGAAGCAGUACUCUGUUUAAAAAUGCCAUUUACAACAGGCAACAUUGAUUGUGAAGUGUGUUUGUGUGAUAUGUGUUACUUACAUGAAACGAUGUCAUGGCUUCAUGUAUUUGUAUUAAAUGAUGUUGUUUUUAUAUCCGAA